CUCGCACUCAUGGAGGUCCAAUUGGACUUCUUCGCCUUCUCGAUAGCUGGAGAUAUUGCAGCGUCAACCUCAAAGAAAUCUCCCCAACUGGUUCCAACGUCAGUCGGCAACGAGGGAAAACAUUCGCCAACAUGCCGAACGUCAGGGAUGUCGCCGCUGAUGUCUUCAUCAAGGAGUACGCAGAGCACCUGAGGCGGUCGGGCAAGAUGGAGCUGCCGACCUGGGUUGACAUUGUCAAGACCGGUGCAUACAAGGAGCUCGCUCCGUACGAUGAGACCUGGUUCUACGUCCGUGCUGCCGCUCUCGCUCGCCACAUCUACCUGCGCAAGUCGGUCGGCAUUGGUGCGCUUUGCAAGCUGCACGGUGGUGCCGCGAACCGGGGGUUCCGUCCAUCGAAGCACAUGCCCGCAUCUGGCAGCGUCCAGCGCAAGGUCGUGCAGGCACUCGAAUCGAUCGGUGUCCUGGAGAAGGACCCCAAGGGUGGCAGGAGGAUCAGCCAGGAUGGCAUGCGUGAUCUGGACCGCAUCGCUGUCGCCUGCCUCGAGAAGGAGCGGGAAGGCGAGGAGGAAGAGGACGAGGACGAGGACGAAGAGUAAAGUGGUUUCGCUGUCGCGUCGUAGUCACGGAAUGGGGUCAUGCACAAGCAUGUGCAGUUGCUCUCGCGCAGCCUCAGUGCAGCGCGCAGCUCUUCUAAAAUUGGUUGGCGGCACACCGCUCGUCAGCUCUCCCUCCAAACACUCGGCUCGCAAGCACUGUAAUCUCUUGCUGUUGCCGCGGCGGGCCUGUCGGAGGUCGCCGUUGGCUUGUAUUCACACUGCAUUCUGACAACCACUAACAUGGCAUACGCUGAUCACUCGUA